AGUGAGGCUGGUGAAGAAACACCCACAGCUCCACACGCCGCGGUGGUGAGCAGGGGAAGACGCGGAGGCAUCAACCGCAUCAUCCGACGAUCAUGGCCAAAGUCGCUGUCUCUCUUUUGAUAUUUUGGCUCGUCUGUGGCACCUGCUGUGCUCUCGGUGGAAAAGUCAACAAGCACAAACCAUGGAUAGAAGCUUCUUACCAUGGUGUGAUCACAGAGAACAUGGGCACUGUGCUACUGGACCCUCCGCUUGUUGCUCUCGACAAGGAUGCACCGGUCCCCUAUGCAGGGGAAAUUUGUGCCUUUAAGAUUUAUGGCCAGGACGUUCCGUUCGAGGCAGUGGUGUUGAAUCGCACCUCAGGAGAAGGCGUACUGAGAGGCAGCGGCCCUGUGGACUGCGAGAGCCAGAAGGAAUACACAUUUAUUAUCCAAGCCUAUGACUGCGGAGCUGGACCCAGUGGGGCCGACUGGAAGAAAUCCCACAAGGCCGUGGUUCACAUUCAGGUGGAUGACGUCAAUGAGUUCUGCCCGGUGUUUCGCGAGCCUCAAUACAAGGCUUCAGUAAUUGAAGGCAAGAUCUAUGACAGCAUUUUGCAGGUGGAGGCCUGGGACCAGGACUGUUCUCCACAGUACAGUCAAAUCUGCAACUUUGAAAUAGUCACUGCAGGCACACCGUUUGCCAUAGAUCGCAAUGGUAAUAUCAGAAACACGGAGCGACUGAACUAUGACAAGCAGCAGAGCUACAAGAUUAUGGUGACGGCCUUUGACUGCGGUCAGAAGACGGCAAAGGAGGAUGUGGCUGUGCAUAUUGAUGUCAAGCCCGUCUGCAAAGCUGGAUGGCAAGGCUGGAACAAGCGGGUGGACUACGAACCUGGCACUGGUAGCAAGCCUCUCUUUCCAAAGCUGCAUUUGGAAACAUGCGGAGGACCCUUGUCUGGCAUAAAGGUGAUGGUGGAGCUGCAGACCAGUCACAUUGGGAAGGGCUGCGACCGGGAAACGUACUCUGAGAAGUCUCUGCAAAAACUCUGCGGGGCAGCAUCAGGCAGUACAGAUCUUCUUCCCGCCCCGAACCCGUCCACCAACUGGACCGCGUCUCUCGUGACCGACAGCGGACGUGACAGUGACCUCAUCUACAGAUUUGAUGGACAACAGGCAGCCAAUGUUCCUGAUCAUGUGGUGCCCCAAAACCUGACGGAUCAGUUCACCAUAGCGACAUGGAUGAAACAUGGUCCCAGUCCAGGACUGAGAGCUGAGAAGGAAACUUUACUGUGCAACUCUGACAAAACUGAAAUGAACCGCCACCAUUAUUCUCUAUAUAUUCACAACUGCCGCCUGGUCUUCCUGCUUAGAAGAGAUUUCAGCCAACUCGAUACUUUCAGACCUGCUGAAUUCCACUGGAAGCUAGAGCAGAUCUGUGACAAAGAGUGGCACUAUUAUGUGAUCAAUGUGGAGUUCCCCGCUGUGACACUCUUUGUGGAUGGAGUGACCUAUGAACCCUACUUGGUGACUGAUGAUUGGCCAAUCCAUGCCUCGAAGAUCGAUACGCAGCUCACAGUGGGUGCCUGCUGGCAAGGUGGUGAGGUAGCGACUCCGAGGUUCGCUCAGUAUUUCCAUGGCAGCUUGUCGGGCCUGACAAUCCGUCCGGGCCGCAUUGAAACCCAGAAGGUUAUCUCCUGUUUGCAGGCCUGCAAAGAAGGUCUUGAUAUUAACUCCCUUGAAAGCCUGGCUAAGGACAUCAAGUUCCAUUUCAACCCUGCGCAGUCAAUGCUGGUAGUGGAAGGAGAAGAUCUAGACAGUAUCAACACAGCCAUGACCAAGGUGUCUUACAUCAACUCUCGCCAGUUUCCCACGCCAGGCCUUCGACGGCUCCACAUCAGCACCACUGUGGUGUGCUUUGGGGAGGACGCGUGCCUCUCCAUCCCAGAUGUCAAAGCAGUCGUCACGGUGCAGCCACCUAGUGAACCGAGAAUCACCAUUACGGGAUCCAAUCGACUGGUCAGGCCCGCCGUUGACCUUCGCGGUCCGCUGGGCGUGGCUCCUUUCAAGGAGCUUGACAUCACCAGCACAGUAAUGAAGGGAGACGGCUUCAGCGGAUCCCGCAGGCCAGGUGUGAUGGAGGUGAUGCAUAACUUGGACUAUUGUGAUAUCCUGGUGAUUGGGGAUGAGCUGAAUCCCGAGAGAGAGAGUCUACAUAUUCAUCACAGCGCUCUGCUGGGAAAGCACCUGGACGCCACCAACUCCACCUCGGGAAUAUCAAUAUAUGGUGUGGACUCCAUGGCGCACUAUGAGCAGGCACUGCGUCAGGUGCGCUACAGGAACUGGCAACCUGCCACCUUGACUGAGAGAAGGUUUCGACUCACCUGCUCGGAACUUAACGGCCGUUACACCAGCAAUGAAUUCAUCUUGGAGGUGAGUGUUCUUCACCACGCAAAGCCCGUGGAGCAUGUCAAUCAUGCGGCCGCUCAGCCGCAGUACAUGAGACCGGUUCAUCACCCACUCAUGAUACACACUCCUAAUUCCCACAUGUCAGGACCAGCACCUGCAGCUGCCACAGUUGUUAUUGUGGUCUGCAUCGCCGCCCUGGUGGUGAUCGUGGUGAUCGGCGUGUACAGAAUCCAUGCCACUCAUCAGGAGAGCUCCAGAGAGCAAGAGGAUGGAGGGAAAGGGCCUGAGGUGGACUGGGACAAGUCUGCACUCAACAUCACUGUAAACCCCAUGGAGAAUGUGAGAGGAGCUCAUGCGCUUAGUGAAGAUGCGAGUGAAGAGCUGUGUAGGGAGGAAGAAUACGAGGAUGAAGAACAUGUGGGAGGAAUGCCAAAUGCAGAGUCGGAUAACAGCGAUGAUGACGAGGAUGAGGAGGAUGAUGAGGAGGUGGAGGAAGAAGAGGGGGAGAUGGAAAUGGCAAAGGAGAGGAAGCUGAAGUGGCACAGGUCCUCCAUAACCUACUGACCACAGAAACACGCACACAUAAGAUUGAAAAAUAGGUCUGCACAUAUACUGCACACACUGCGCUCUCUCUUUCUUCCAGCUCUUGCUUUACACACACACACACACACACACACACACACACACACACACACACACACGAGCCUUGCCAUUAUUUCCAAUCAAACAUUUCCCCCUGCUGGGCAAAGUUUUAACUACAGUCCAACUGGUAUUCAUGAUUUACAUAACAUGAACAAAAAAGAAGGAAGUCAAAGCAGUCUUGUGUUAUUACUUUUGCAUUUGCAGGGUUCCAGUUCAACUGUCAUGAAACAUGCAUGGCGUUAGAGUGCAUACCGUAGUUCUGACCCAAACAUAUACACAAAAAGUUAGGGACCGGGCUUUUGUGUGAGAUUUCAGGAUUAAGGGUUGCAGCAAUUAGUAGACUCGCUGACAAGUAGAUCAUCAUCAAAUCAUUUGAAAGCUUGAAGUCGACUAAUGUCUAAUCAAGUGGGGGGUUUUGCUUUUUUGUUCAUAUCGUCUCAAUCGGGCACUUUACAGAGGACUUUCAACUCUUCUGAUGCUGUCACCUGAAUAUAACUCGCUGCGGAGUAGCGGAAUGUCCGGACAAUAAGGCGACACAGUCUUCUCACAUCCAUGCGGGUCAGAGAGUACGAAAAUAAACUCGUGUAGUGUGAGAAUAGCAGUUAGCCUCGCUAGCUUUGGGUAUUUCGAUCGCUGCUCGUCUUAAAAUAUUAAUACCAACGGGACUGGGGGCGAGGAACGAGGGCAGCGGUGCGAAGUGAAGCUCCGUCUUUCUCGACAAAAUGUUACGUUCAAUAACGCGCGGGCAACAACUGUGUGAUCAUAACAACUUUAUUCCUAUUCACGCUUGUGUCCCUUUACGACACUGUGUCGUAAAGGCCUGUCGCAGUACGACAUACUGGCAUGUGGAAAUAUUUGACCAAAAAUUGGAUCAUGUAGCACGGUCACUUGCAAAAUACGCAAGUCCAUCCGCAAAUAUAAGAAAAGCACAAAUGAAAUACAAAGGGUGAAACAGAGAAAUGUUUACUUUUUUGGGAGCCCGGCUACAAUGUCACGUCUCGCACGCUAUGGAAGGCAAGAGGAGACCAGCUGGUUCGUCAAAGAAAAAAAAAAUGCGCAGGGCUCCCACUAAUUACAACAACUACAAUUAGCAUAAUGGUGAGUGGUGUUUUGAAUCUUUUGUUUUUACACAUUUCUGUGCUGCUCCGUCAAAAUAUGUCUUUGUCUUGUCUUUCUGAACUGGUCUGUGGCACAAGUGUGAUGUGCUUAAAAAAAUAUCAACGACGUCAUCGAUUAAUCGACUUCAACUCUAUGCUAGUUAUCACAUUAUAUAUAUUAUAUAUAAUAUAUAUUAUAUCUAUAUUUAUAGGUGAACUUGAUUUGACCUCGAAACUUUUGAAUGUCCAACUGUUAAGCGUUUUAGUGCUUUUUGCACGACAAGGAGCUGAAGGGCAAAAGUCACUGUUUAAUCCAUGAAAAUUUCCAAGCUCGUCCACUUCUUUCCCUUUCUGUGACUCUUCCAGUCUCUCCAUUGCAAUCUGCUGAUGACACUCAAGGCUCAGUGGCCACUUUCUCUCUGAGAAAAUCCUUUUGAAACAUCACGAUGGCGACGCGUCAGACAGGAAGUGGCCCCUGAGCUUAAAUUGUCAUCAGCAGGUUAGAACAAAGAGACUGGAAGAGUCACAGAAAGGCAAAGAAGUGGAUGUCCUUGGAAAUGUAAAAUUUGGUGUUCAGAUUUUUAGAGAAUAGCAAGUAGUGCAAAAAGUACUGAGGCAUUGAAAUGUUGGAGUUGUUCAUUCAAAAGUGAAGAAAAGGUCAAAUGAAGUUAACUAUAAAUGUCAUCCUGAAAUUUCACCCGAAUAUACACCCAACAUCUCUAACUUUUUGCGAGUAGUGUAUUUGAUAUUUGAAAUGAAAUGCAUUUUUUUCCAGAUUACUUUUGUAGCGUUUAUUUUUUUAAGAUUGUAAUGGAAAGAGAAUGACUACAUAUCCAUAUGUAAAUUGUGUUUAUUUACAAUUGCACACAUUGUAGGGAAGCAUCUUGUUUUAGUUAGUCUUUGCACUGCUGUAUUCUCCUUCAACGUGACACAAGAGAUGGGAAGUAGCUAAACAGCUUUUAGAGUAGUUUGUAACAGAGUUGUCAAGUUAGUGUGUCCUUGUUUUCAUCUUUAGCUGAAACCUGACACCCUUUGUGCACUUAUCUAGGAAACAUCCAAUUGCAUGACUACUAGUAAAGAAAAACGCACUUCGUGAUUUACACGAAGGACCUAACAGACACGACUCCAGUGGUGCCUUGAGAUACGGGACUACUUUGUUCCAUGAACACGCAUGUAACUCAAAACACGUCUCUCAAAUCAACUUCCCCCAUUGAAAUGAAUGGAAUUGCCAUUGAUCAAUUACAGCCUCCUCAAAACAAAACAAAAAUGUGUAAUAUUGUACUUUAUAAAGACAUACAGUAAUGACAGAUAAAUAGAAUGUUAAGAAAUUAAAUGGUUUUUGCCACAUUUUUCGCUUCAAUUCAAUAGACAUUGUGUUACUCCUUGUGGUGUGCGCGCCUUGGCCAUCUGGGGACAGUAUAAUACCGACAUGAAUAUAAUUGGAGAUGGUCACAACUCUUCAGUAAACUGCAGUAAUAUUAGUGUUUUUUCCCUAGAGGAUAAAGAAUAUACUGUAUGCCUGUGAGUAAUGUUAUAUUAUCAGUCUACAGUGUCUGUGCUGCUCCACCAUUUGUGUUCAAAUAUCCGUUGCUUAAAGGGUUUUAACAGCGUGACACUGAUGCUUUUCGUGAGCCCAUCUAAAGCGUUUUGUUAUGUGGGUAUUUUGAAUACAUGUGUAAUUCUUCAUUUAGUUUGACAGUAAAGUUCAUGUGGGUGUGGCAAUAAACAGCUUCAAGCCUCUUUUUGGUGGAGAUGAGUUGAAUUGAGUUCACUGCCGCCUAUCGAAAACAUUUUGCGUGCAAGUCAAAGCAAAAAAAUAAAAUAAAAAAUCAGCCCAACGAUGGCUCGUUUCUGGAAAAACUCAGAGAUCAGGUCACUCAUAUCUAAAGGCACCACUGUAUGUUCCGUUAUCUCUUAGCUUCUUUGGUUUAUCGCAAUUACUUUGAUGCUGAAAUGAUUAUCAUUAUGCCAUCAGGUAUUAAUCCAAUAAUGUUGUUGGGGGGUCAAAAGGGCAGAAGGCUGCUGUUCUAAUGUAGUUUGUUUUGUUAGCAGAUGUAAAGCAAACGCGAUCAUAGUUGCUCUCUUCACUUUGAAUUUCACUACAGUGCCUCCAAGAAAGAAAACUCCUAAAAGCAGUUAUAUUAAUUAUUAUUAUUAUUAAUAAUGUUGCUUUACUCCCCACCAAAUAUUAACAAGACUUCUCAUGAGAAGUGCGUUUCCCUAUAAUAUCAGAAGAAUCGGUCAAUAAAUAACCGCAACCCCGUCAUUAACCACUUCAAUAACUUUAAUGGGGAUUUCCAUACCAUAACAAUCCAGUCUCAUAGUCAUUCUCCUCUCUCUUUGAUUCCUGUUGGCCUGGUUGUGAUGUCAUCAUUGUGAGACAUUUGUCAUGUUUUGUGCUUCUGCCAGAGCAAAUAACUUGUUUACAUACACACGAAGCAAACCUUGUAAAGAUGGAGUUAUGAACAGUUCUUUUGUAUAUUUGUUUUGUUUUUUUCUUAUUUGUAAACAAAUAGUUGAGAUUCUCCCUCUGUAGUGGUCAUCCCACUGCUUUCUGUAUAUUGACCAAUAAAGACUUUAGAAUCUA